GGUGCGACCCCCACGCGCGGCCCCGGCCCGCCCCGCCCCCGGCUUCCCCUGGGCACGGGCGGCCGGUGCCCCCCUCCCACGUGUGACCCCACGGGGGGCCCCGCCCGCCCCUCCCCCACCUGUGACCCCCACCCACGCGUGACCCCACGGGGACCCCCGCCCCCCCCCAGCGACCCCCUUCGUGCCCCCCCACGCGUGCCCCCAUGGGGAGCCCCCCCCGCCUGGGAGCUUGCCGCCCCUCCACCCCGGCCGUGCCCCGCCUCACGGGACCCCCCUCCAACCUGGGAGCCUCCCCCCACGCGUGUGCUCAUGGGGAACCCCGCCCCGCCCCGCCCCUCCCCUCCCCUCCCCCACCUGUGACCCCUCCGUGCCCCCCUUCCUGGCGCUGGGCGUCCCCUGCCCCCCCCGCGGGGUCGGUGGGCGCUGACCCUUGCCCCGCAGGCGCGGCGAUGACGGCGGCGAUGACGGCGGCGGGGGUGUGGCGGCUGGAGGCGGACGUGCCGUUCCGGGGGGGCGUGCACGCGGUGCGCGUGGCGGCGGGGGGGGGCCAGCUGGACGUGGAGGUGGAGGAGCGGCGCACGGCCGACACGUGGCGCGGCCGCUUCGACGCCGCCUUCGUGGAGGACCUGACCCACAAGACGGGGAACUUCAAGCAGUUCGAGAUCUUCUGCAGCAUGCUGGAGUCGGCCCUCAGCCAGAGCAGCGAGGCAGUGAGCCUGGACCUGCUGACCUACGACGACCUGGAGGCGCUGCGGAGCCGCAAGGCUGGAGCGGGCCCCCGCCCUGCGCCCCCCCCGGCUGCUGCCGCCGCGCAGCUCCGUGCCAAGCGCUACCUCAUCCUGGUCUACUCUGUCGAGUUUGACAGGAUCCACUACCCGCUGCCGCUGCCGUACACGGGCAAGCCGGACCCCGCAGCGCUGCGCCAGGCCGUGCGCCAGCUGCAGGCAGAGGUGGCACGGCUCCGGGCCCAGCCGGGAUCGGGAUCGGGCCGGGACCCCCGUGACGCUGAGAUCCGCCAGCUCCGCGAUGAGCUGGCGGAGGCACGGGCAGAGCGGGGGGGCAGCACGGAGGUGGCAGCGCUGCGCCGGCUGGCACGGGGGCUGGAGGCCGAGCUACUGCGAGAGAGGACGCGGCACCAGCGGGCGACGGCCCAGCGCCUGCACGAGGCCCAGCAGCUCGCCAGCCAGCUGGCCGAGGCGAAGGCGGCAGAGAGGAGCUUGCGGCUCCGCGUGAAGAGCCUGACCAACGAACUGGCGCUGUACAAGAGAGGGCGUCUGACCCCCCCGGGCCCGGGCCCCCCAUCCCGAGCCAUGGCGCCUGCCCGGGGCAGCACAGGGCGGCCUGGGGGGCGCUCCAGCUCAGGAGAGCGGGGUCGCGGGGCCCCCCCCCGGCACCGCUCUAGCUCUGGGGAGAGCCGCGGCAGCCGGCCCCGCCAGUCCCCCUCACCCACAGGUGCCCGCCCACCACGCUUCGACCCCACGGCCUUUGUGCGGGCCAAGGAGCGCAAGCAGCAGGAAGCCGAGCUCCGGGCGCAGCGGCAGGUCCGGUGUGGUACGGGUGCCCUCCCGCCCAGCUGGGGCCGUGCACGCUCCCGGGGCCCCCCCGCGGACGGGCCAGGCAGGACACGCGGGCGCAGCUCAUCCGCAGAAAGCUUCCGGAGCCAGCGCUCCUCAGCGAGCUCGCUCAGCUCUGCGGAUGAGCUCUCGGAGCCGGCGCCCCCCAGGGGCCGGCGCCGCGGUGGUCGCGGCAGGAAACCCCUGAGCUCCGCGUCCUGGAACAGCCCCGACCCGGGGGCCCGCGGGCACCGCAAGUACCUGGUCAGCAGCCCCGUGCCGGGCCGGCGGGCGGGGAAAGAGAACUGCUCAGCGGAGCCCCCAGCCGACUUGGCCGAGAUCGACGCCCGGCUGCAGGCGCUGCAGGACUACAUGAGCGCCCUGGAGACCCGCACAUAGUCACUGGGCCCAGGGCAGUGGGGGGCAGGGUGUGUCCCCCCCCAGCUUGGAGAGGAGCAGAGGAUCAAGAGAGAGCACCCCCAUGGGGGUGCUGGGCCUCCCAUCCAGCCGUUACCCCCCAGGGCCAAAUGCUCUGCUCCUGAUGGGGCAGAAGCUGCUACCCUGCAGGGGUUUAGCCCCCUGUUAUCCAGGUGGGGCUGGAGCUGGGAGCCCCCCCUUGCCCCUGGGGGGCAGUCAGGGGGUCUGAAGAGUCCCCACCCCCUCCAGCUGACCCUAGGGCCCCCCCAGGCACGUGUGUGUUGGGUUUCAGUGUUGGGAUGUGUCAGCUGCUUUUCAAGGUGUUUUAAUUUUGGGGGAGGUUGUUUUCCAAGGCAACGGAAGGGGGGGGGGGUGUAGCGAACUACUAGUUUCUCAGCCCUGCCCCCCCAUGAGUUUGCAGGUUGUGACACCCCCUUGUUGUCAAUAAAGCUGUAGAGAGUG